AUGUUCCAUGGUGCCGGGAUGAAGAUUUUACACAAAGACUCUGAGCAAGUGAUGGCAAUGGCGGAACUUGUAGACGGAAUCGACUGGCUUCGUUCACUGCAAAGAUCCGUGAAUGCUACAUUGCGAUCAAGAGACGAAGAUCAUCAUGCGCGUAUGGGCCACGCACCAACUGAGGUCCUGUACAGGAUGGUUUCCAAGAACAUGAUCAAGGAUGUCAAGAUACCACCAAGAUCAAGCGAAUCAAGCGUGCGUCGUGGUUGUCAAGAAGAAGAAAUGGUGCAGCAACCGUUUCCAAGCAUCCCGAACCAGCGUCACUAUGAUCCAUUUGAGCUUCUGCACAUCGACACGUGUGACCCGAUGGAAGCCGACUCGUUAGUUGGAGCCAAGUAA